CUCUGUGAUUUUGAUAUCUUUACUUCUGAUUCUCCCUUGUAGCACUAGUGUGUAAUUAUGGAUUCAUUGUGGAAAAUACCUAAGCUUCUGUGAUUAAGCAUCAAUUCGGGAUUUUGACAUCAUGGGUAUCAAAGGAAUUUACGGAGAGAUUGGGCCAGGCGAAAGAAUUGCUCUGUCAAAAUUAGCCAUACAGAAAUACGAAGAGACUGGGCGGCCACUUAGAAUUGCAAUCGACGUAUCUAUAUGGCAGUUUCAAAUACAGUCAGGACAAGGUGGCUCAAACCCUGCUAUUCGGACAUUAUACUACCGUCUUCUUCGCCUUCUUUCCGUCUCCGUCCAACCUUUAUUCGUUUUCGAUGGACCCCACAAGCCUCCUUUCAAGAGGAACAAGCGUAGUGGCCACUAUGGAGGGUCGCUUUCGAACGUUUUGACUAAGCAGCUACUAAGAUUAUUUGGUUUUCCUUUCCACAUUGCUCCUGGGGAAGCCGAGGCAGAAUGUGCUCUCUUACAAAGGGAGGGCAUUGUUGAUGCUGUCCUCAGUGAAGACGUUGACACGUUGAUGUUUGGGUGUGGAAUAACGCUCCGAAAUUGGUCCUCUGAAGACUCCAGAGGCAAUCAUUCUCCCACUCAUGUCUCGUUAUAUGACGCCCAGGUAACCAAGAAUGGAAAAUCAGGACUCGAUCGUGAAGGUAUGAUUUUGGUGGCGUUGAUGAGCGGUGGCGACUAUAUCACGGAAGGUAUCCCUGGCUGUGGUAUUAAAGUCGCCAGUCAAGCUGCCAGAGCCGGCUUUGGGAAGUCAUUAUGUCAACUGUCACGGUCAGAUGCUGCCGGGUUGGAAGCCUGGAGAAAUAACUUGUCGCAUGAGCUUCGAACAAACGAGAGCAAGUAUUUCAGGACGAAACAUAAAGCUCUCGAGGUCCCCGACAAUUUUCCAAACAAAGAAGUCCUGGGCUAUUACACUCAUCCAGUUGUUUCAUCUGCUUCCAAGAUUGACAAGUUGAAGCGAGAUAUUCUAUGGGAUGGAGAAAUUGACAUUCCAGGGCUUCGAUCGUUUGUUGCGGAAACUUUUGAGUGGACGUACAAGACUGGAGCAAAGAAAUUCAUUAGAGGCUUAGCCCCAGCAUUAUUAGUUCACAAACUACGACUACGAGGAGAACGCCGAGCAUCUGGUUAUGGCGAUCUUAUUCUCACAGCUAUGAAUGAGAUGGAAUUGGUGAGGGAUAUAUGUGGAAAGAGGACCCAUUUCAGUACAGAUGGAACGCCAGAACUCAGAGUCAUAUACCACCCUGCCGAUAUCGUGGGCCUCGAUCUUGAUGCCGAAGAGGAUUUCAGCGAAGAUUACGGAAGAGAUGGGCUGGCCCCUGUCAACGACGAUGACCAGAUAGAAGGUUACGUUUCGGAUGAACCUACAGCGAGUUCAAGAUCAGUGAGUCCCAGCAAACGUCCAGCAUCUGCGUACGACCCUACUCAACCAGAGAGGCUAUGGAUCCUCGAAACUAUCGCUAAAGUUGGUAUACCAUUGAAAGUAGAGGAUUAUGAAGAAUCACUACGGAAUCCUAGAAAAUUAAUUGCAGCCAAAGCUGCGGCGAAGAAAGCAGCAACCAAAGGCGGGAUGGCAAAAGGAGCUAUGGAUAAAUUCGUCAAGGUUUCGAAGCCAGGGGUAGGAGUUGCAAAAGCCUCAAAACCAUCCAGUGAGAUGUUGAACGUCUCCAGUCAACCUACUUUGCCUCCAGUAUAUCUGGCACCCUCUUUGGAGAGGCCUACGUCUUCACAAUCAGCUCCCGCCCUGUCCAGGUCCACGUCGAGUAAAAGAGCUCCAUCAGCGAGAUCCUCUACUCGUACAAGUACUAAAGGUACUACCACAGAUGGAAAGGCAACACGUAAACCAAGGACAAGAAAACAAGCUCAAAUAGAGAGACCGAAGCCGAAUACAAAUCCUUGGACUUUGGCUCAAUCGUCGCCUUCUUCACAACGCCUUCCGGUAACAAGCAAGCCCCUGGAUCAACCGGAUAAAUUAAACCGUCCAACAGCUUCCAAGCGUUCCGAAUAUAUAGAUCUAUGUUCGAGUCUCAUCGCAUCGCCUCCCUCCUCUCCACCAGUAUCUCCGACAAGGAUCCCACGGAAACAUACGCAUUCCCCUCAACUGGAGGACGACCCCGAAGCUCAACUUCCAGCUUCCCCUUUUGGCGAAGAAAAUAUCGAUCUACCCCUCACUCCCUCAAGCAAAGAGAAAGCUUCAGACAAGCCGUCUCCAAGGAAGAAGCGUCUCUCCGACUCUCCAUCCAAGAUUACAUCCCCCAAACUACCUCAAUACCAGCGUGGCAGAACAGAGCCCUUGACUCCACAGCCAGUCAACCGCAAACUCGAUUUUCUAUCCUCCAGCCCUAGAGCCCGCUCCUCAUCUCCUGCUCUCCCAUCUUUAGAAGAGCUUCUAUCACCCUCAUCUAAGCCCCAUGAAAAGGACAAGGAUUCCCCCGAAAUCUCAAGAAGGGCACUCGAGAUAUCCGAGACCCUUGAACGGUUCGAGAGGGCUGUAAGUCGCAUACGAGAAACAAGUCAUGAUAGAGACGAGAGGGACAUUACAACCAUCCCGUCCUCUCCCGACGUUCCUCGCUCGCCCAUCAACAUGUCUCCCCGACGUCGCAAGAUCACCCCCAAAGGCGACUCAAGUGCCGUGCUACCCGAGCCGAAAGCUAAAGAGAAGAAGAAGAAGGAAUACAUCAUGCCGCGCGACAGCCUGCCCGGUUCGUGGAAAGAGGUCGAUGAGCAUGAGAUAAAAGGCCGGAGAAGCCGCGCUUGGAGACUGUCGCAGAUUGAAAUCUUGGAUAUGACUGCGGACUGAGCACUUACUCCUAUUUUCGUUAUAGACAGGAACAGGAGGAGCUUGCGCUUCUUGUAUAUUUUUGUCUCUGGCUAUCCAGACGUUGUAGAAACAUGAACAUGAACAUGAACAUUAUACUUCGU